GAGCUGAGAGAUUUGGCAUCCAAACACCCAAACCUGGUUCUCGUGAAGCUGGAUGUUGCCGAUCCCUCGGCUAUUACUGAUGCUGCGAAGAUCGUGGAGGGGAAGCUGAAUGGCACAGGCUUGAACCUGCUAAUAAACAACGCUGGCAUCUACAGCCCGGCGUCAUCGCUGGAGACAGUAGACGCUGAAGACAUGAUAAGUUCGUACAGGACCAAUGUGGUGGGGCCGACGCUGAUGGCCCAGGCGUUCCUGCCCCUGUUGAAGAAGGCUGCCCGGGAGAGCCCGGAAAAGGGGCUGAGUUGCAGCAAGGCAGCCAUCGUCAACAUCUCCACCAUCUUGGGGUCCAUCGAGAAAACUCCCCAGACUUUCUUCCAGCCGGUCAUCUCCUACCGCUGCAGCAAGGCUGCCCUCAACAUGCUCACCAAGUGCCAGGCGCUGACGUACCGGGAGGCCAGGAUCCUCUGUGUGGCACUUCAUCCCGGCUGGGUGAAAACCGACUCAGGCGGCCAGGAGGUGGCCUUGUUGCGGGCUGCCCUGACGGUGGACACAAGCGUGCGGGGGCUGCUGUCUGUGCUGGCCACCCUCUCCGAGAAACACAGCGGCACCCUGCUCAACUGGGAAGGCAAAGCCAUUCCUUGGUGA